UCCCGCUUUUUUGCCCAAACCAAAAAUCGAAGAAGAAGAAGAAAAAUCUCUCAACUCUCCUUAAAAAACAUUUUUUUACACGAAGAGAUGCAAGAACAAGGAACCAGUUCAAUUGCAGCUAGUUCCUUGCCCUCGAGCAGUGAAAGAUCUUCAACCUCAGCCCUUCAAAUUGAAGUCAAAGAAAGCAUGGAAAGUGAUGAAGAGAUCCGGAGAGUGCCUGAGAUAGGAGGAGAAGCGUCGGCAACUCCGGCAGCCAGUAGAGAAGCCGGUUCAGUGACCCGGCCGGACCGGGUCCAGACAUCAGGAGAGGGCGGUCAGAGAAAGAGAGGAAGGAGCCCAGCGGACAAAGAGAACAAGCGCUUAAAGAGGUUAUUAAGGAACAGAGUUUCGGCGCAGCAAGCAAGGGAGAGGAAGAAGGCGUACCUGAAUGAGCUGGAGUCGAGAGUUCGAGACUUGGAGAAGAAGAACUCUGAGCUUGAAGAAAGGCUUUCCACGUUGCACAACGAGAAUCAGAUGCUUCGACAAAUAGUGAAGAACACGACGGCCAGCAGGAGAGGCGGAAAUGGCAGUUCAAAUGCAGCAGACGGAACGCUCUAAGGAGUGGCCGAGUAUAGAAUUUAUUAGGGGA